AUGCUUCAUAUAGCUAACUUAAACCAUAAAUUUACAUGGUUGUCUUGUUCAAUCAGUAAAUGCAGGGCAUGCUUCGAUUUGUUCAAGCCCUUUAGUCGUAUUGUAUACUAUGAAUCUAUAUAUAAGCCUAUUACUAUACAUGUUAUAUUACAAAACAGAGGUUGCGACGGUCCUCUGUGUGGAAAUAGGGUGGUGGAACUAUAUAUCACCUGUGGUCACGGUCUGGCACAAGUCAUGCAUGCUAGUAGUUUAAAAGAGGCACAGAUUGGUGCCAUACUUCCUCUCUCUCAGCUUCACCUGAUACCUGCUCCAAACCCGAGUUUUUACUGCAAUAUUGCUUCCUCCUCACCAUCAUCCUCUUCUGCCACCUCUUCUAUUAUCUUAUCUUUUCUUUUCUUGUUUCUUUUCAUUUGUUUUCUUUUUUAUUUAUCUUUUUUUUUUUAUUUAAUCUGUAAAUAUAUAUAA